CCAUGAACUGGUUUUUGUGAUUUCUGAUCCUACAUCCCUCACCGUUAAAACUAGAUACUGGUAUCCAGUUGUAAACAUCACACGUGCGAAAAUCUACUUGAAUUUGAGGCACUCAAUAUAAAAAGAAAAAUAGCUUCCACCUGCAAAACCAAAUAGGGAUUUAUUAAGACAAUCUAACACAUAAUUUGGAUUGGGUUAAUAUUUCAUAUGGCAAUCCUAUGGAAUAAGCUGCAAUAUGACUUUACAAUGUAACCAUGGAAACAGAUAUUUGGUAUUAUUUGAUGUUGUUGCCUAGUACCCUGAUUGUCUUGGUUAUUUGUAUGUUUAUUAGAUGGUUAGGACUGAAGUUUUACCAGCAUAAUUAAGUUUUUGGUAGAGAAUUAUACACCUGAUGUACAACUACAGUAUAUCAAUACUUAAGUUAGAUUUACAGAAUGGACUUUGACUUAUCAGAGUGGACGGUGGAUAGCAGUGCAGUACAGUUAAAUAAACAAUUAUUUGAUUCUGCAGGCGGUCCCUUAAUUAAUGACUUAUUUCAAAAGCAUCAACUUACUCCCUCACCUGGUGUGAAGGUAAAAAAGAAAAAAAGACAAAGCAAAUUACAAGUCAAUGAAGAUAUACCAAAAAAACAAAGGAAGAUUGCUGAGGAUAACCAUAAAACAGAUAAUGACAUUACAGAUGUUAUAACUAAAAAGUUGAAAAAUGAAACAAAACAAGGAAAGCUGAAACAAUUGAAAAGUGAUGAAAAAAUUAGAAAAAACAAAAUAAAAAGUGAUAAGAAGAUUUUUGCAGAAAAGAAACAAAGAGAAACAAUGAAAACAUUGAAAAGGAAACAUGAUCCAGAAAAUCAAAUUGAUGCAGUAAGUCAUGAAAAAAUUGAGAAAGGUAAAACGAAAAGGAUGAAAAAAAUGAAGAAGGAAAAUAUUGAAAAUGACAAUGAUGUUAAACAGUCUAGUGGUGGAAAGAUUUCAAAUUCAGAAACUUGUGAAAUAGAAGCAAAAAAGAAAAGAAGAAAAAAGAAAAAGAAUUCAAGCAAGAAAAAUAAAUAUAAACAUUUGGAUGAAAUGAGGAAAGCCAAAACAUUAAGUACAAAUGAUGGAAUAGUUCAUGCUGAACAAACAACUGUUGCUAAACCUAUUAAAACUUGUAAGGGAAAAAGUUCACAGAAGAAGUCAAAUGAUGAAAUAGUUCAUUCUGAACAUAUUAAAAAAAGUAAGGGAAAAAGUCCCAAGAAGAAGUCAAAUAAUGAAAUAGUUCAAUCUGAACAAACAACAGGUGUUUUUUCUGAAGAUGUAAAAACACAUACACGUAUAAAUAAGGAAAAUAGUUCACAGAAGAAAUCAAAUGAUGUGUCAAAACUUCAACAAAGCAAUAAAAAGGCUAAAGAAUUAAGCAAGACAGAGGAGCCUGUGAAAAUAGUUUCAGAAGGAAAAAAAUCAUUAAGUGACUUUGAAAAGUUUAAAGCUCAUAAGACUGAAAAGCAUAACUUCAGAGAUGAUAUGCAAACAAAAACAAAUAAAAAGUUACCUUUUAAGGUAUCAACCCUACAAAAAGUUCUAGGUGAUAGUAGCAGUUCAAAGGAUAACUCUAGCAGUACAGGGAAAAUAGAGACUGGUUCCAAGUCUACUGUUAACCAGGUGGACAAGAAAGAAAAAGCUGAACACAACCCAGAGAAAGAUGCAAAUACGCCAGAAAAAGACAAACAUAAGCCUCCAAUAUCAUUACGUGAAAGAAUGAUGGACCAACUGAAAUCUGCUAGGUUUAGGUAUAUUAAUGAGCAGCUGUAUACCCAGACAGGUUCUGAAGCAGUACAGUUGUUCAAGGGUGAUACAGAAGCAUUCCAUUGUUACCAUGAAGGUUUUCAGAACCAGGUGAACAAAUGGCCAACUAAUCCAGUAGAUCUCAUCAUCAAACAAAUCAAAGCAGGUGCCAGUACAGCUGUUAUAGGAGAUUUUGGAUGUGGUGAUGCUAAGAUAGCCAGAAGUGUCCCUAACAAAGUUCACUCAUUCGAUCUUGUGGCUUUAAAUGAGCAUGUGACAGUGUGUAAUAUUGAAAAGAUUCCAUUGACAGGCAGCUCAUUAGAUAUUGCUGUGUUUUGUUUGUCUUUAAUGGGGACAAAUUUGGUAGACUAUUUGACGGAAGCUAACAGAGUGUUGAAGAAAGGUGGAACAUUGAUGAUAGCAGAGGUAACAAGUAGAAUACAGAAAACCGGAAAAUUUAUCAGGAACAUUGAAAAGAUGGGUUUCCAGUUUAGCAGCAAGGACACAAGUAAUGCAAUGUUUAUACUGGCUGACUUUAAGAAGAUUGGUUCACCAGGAGAACUAACGCCUAACAUACAGUUAGACCCAUGUGUAUACAAGAAAAGAUAAUGUCACAUAUUUGUUAUAACAAGACAAUAAAUAUGAAAUAAAUGUUAUGAUGAUAAGACUAAAGAGAUCUUAUAAAAAAAGCCAGCUGGGCUAUGAUUUUUUAAGGAAUCCUGUUAAUAAUGUUAUUGAUAUGAACGAUGUUGAUGCACUACAUUUUGGAGACUUAACACCAAGGUCAUUCUUUAAGCUGCUCCAAAUUAUGCACUCAAAUUGAAACCUAGUUUGGUUUUAUUUCAAAAUAUUUUUCUGCCAAAUUUGUAUGAUAAGUAUUGUAUACAAUUUUCUAAACAACACUAUAAUUUUGUUAUAUGGUGUAUGGAACCUACUGGUCUUAUUUCAGUCCUUUACCAGUGCAAUGUAUCUUAUUUCUAAUUGGGUAAUGUUGUGCUGAAUGAGCUGCAAUUGGUUUUAUUAAGGUUAGUAAUUUACUUAGGUUAAUAGUUGCAUAUGUUCAUGAUUUUGUAGAAUGCUGUAAUCAUAUCAGCUGUCCACCAAAAAAAAAAGGAAUUUGAAAGAAGAUUUUAACCUAUAAUUAUUUGCAUGUAUUAAUGUUGUGUAUUAAUGCUUCAUUUUAAAAAUAUGGAAUCUUACUAAAUGUUUAUGCAAUACUAUUAUUUACAAUAAGUGCUUUUGUUGAAAUAAAAUUAAAGUUUUAA